AUGUUUUCAUCUGUGUGGGCGGUGCUUGCCUCGAUCGCUUGCCUGGGUGUGGCGGCCCCGACCCCUUCGAAGCGACCCAACAUUGUCUUUAUCAUCACUGAUGAUCAAGAUUUACACUUAUCCUCGCUCGACUAUAUGCCAAUUACGAUGAAGCAGGUGAGAGACGCGGGAACAACUUUCAAGAAACACUAUUGUACCAUCGCAUUAUGUUGCCCUUCGCGAGUUAGUCUCCUCACAGGUAAAGCGGCCCAUAAUACCAACGUGACGGACGUAUCGCCACCAUUUGGGGGUUAUCCAAAAUUUAUCCAGCAAGGUCACAACAAGAAUUAUCUUCCUGUCUGGCUCCAGGCUGGAGGUUACGACACCUACUACACAGGGAAGCUCAUGAAUGCGCAUUCAAUUAUGACGUGGAAUAACCCUUACCCAGCUGGAUGGAAUCAUACGAAUUAUUUGGUAGAUCCUGGCACGUACGUCUACAACAAUGCCUGCUGGCAAGCAGAUACUACUCCUCCCAUAUUUCGGCCAGGCCAAUAUUCAACUGAUGUUAUUGCGAGUACCGCAGAAAAAUGGAUAGAAGAAGCAACCUUGAAGACAGAUCGACCAUUUUUCAUGGGGAUUGCACCGAUUGCACCUCAUACCGAAACGGAUUUCUUUAGCCCAGGGGUUUUUGCAUUCGUACCCCCCGUACCCGCAAAGCGUCAUGAGGGCCUGUUCCCGAACGCGACAAUCCCCCGUGGGCCAAGUUUCAAUCCAAGUAAGCCGCAAGGGGUUAGCUGGGUUGGAAAGCUAGCCCAAGCAAAUGAUACAGUGAUCAAGGCAAACGAUGAGUUCUAUCGCAAGCGACUACAGGCUCUUCAAUCUGUCGAUGAAUUAGUUGGGGCAGUAAUCGACAAGCUUGACGAACAGGGAAUCCUUAACGAUACUUAUAUCAUCUAUACUACGGACAACGGGUUUCACAUGGGUCAGCAUCGACUCCCGCCCGGGAAAACCUGUGCCUUUGAGGAAGAUGUCAAUAUACCCUUUUUAAUACGCGGACCAGGUAUCCCGAUCAACCACACUGUGAAUUUCGCUACAUCGCAUACCGAUCUUGCACCUACGAUCCUGCAACUCGCUGGCAUCCCUUUACGCGACGACUUUGAUGGUACUCCAAUGCCACUUUCUUUGGUUGCAAUGAAGAAUGCUACAGAUUCGCCAAUGCAUGAUCACGUUACAAUAGAAUUCUGGGGUGAUUCCGGCGGCGAGAGACUCUUCCAGAUGGGUGGACCUCUUGGGACUCCCACACGUUAUCAUAAGAACACGUACAAAGCCAUGCGGAUAGUGAGCAAGGAUUAUGAUCUAUUGUACACCGUUUGGUGCACUAACGAACAUGAAUUGUACAAUAUGAAGGUAAAUGGACAGUCACUCAAAGCCCUUCUCCCCCGACUGGAUGCUGUAUUGAUGGUCCUCAAGUCCUGCAAAGGUGAGCAAUGCUUAAAGCCGUGGAAAACCCUGCAUCCCGAUGGGAGUGUGUACACACUAAGCCAGGCAUUGGCACCCGAAUAUGACGAAUUUUACGCAACGCAGCCUAAAGUUGCGUUCACAGCAUGCGAAAUAGGUUAUAUAGUUCGUUCUGAGGGUCCUCAGAAGAUUCUCCCGUUUCACAUUGGUGAUUGA